GUCUGUGGGGAGUUAAUCAUUAUCGCUGUUGACAACCACAGCGAGGAUCGGAAGACCUGACCUGCCGCUGAAGGAGAGACAUAUCACCUGCGCGUACGCUUCACUCUCCUAAUCUGCCGUUAUCUCUCUUUUUUUUACACUCUCGUUUGUUUUAUUUUUGCAGCUGAACCUCUGUGGGACAUGACCAAGGCCAGGCCCGAAGCAGAGGGCCAGAGCGAUGAGGCCGAGGAGGGUCCGGAUGGAGGCUGGGGCUGGGUGCUGGUCGGUGCCCUCUUCGUCAGCACCAGCCUCGUGUUCGGCCUCAUGCGGAGCCUGGGGAUCUUCUUUGUGGAGUUUGUUCAGUACUUUGACGAGAGCGCUCAGGCCAUCUCCUGGAUCUCCUCCACAGGGCUGGCAGCGCAGCAGUUCUUCAGUCCUCUGGGUGCAGCGCUGUGUAAUGCAUAUGAUACUCGGUUGGUGGUGAUGACCGGGGGAUGUCUCGCUGGACUCGGCCUUAUACUCGCCUCUCAGGCCACCUGUCUGACUCACCUCUACCUCACUAUGGGUCUUAUAGCAGGUCUGGGAUGGGGUCUUGUCUUCACCCCCAUGGUGGCUACGGUCAUGGCUCACUUCACCCGCAGGCGCACCCUGGCAUUGGGGCUGGCCUUCUCAAGCAUCGGCCUCUCCUCCUUCGCUUUCAACCCGCUCUUUCAGCUGCUGAUAGAGAAGUACGCUUGGCGGGGGGCCCUGCUGAUUCUGGGGGGGCUCAGCCUCAAUAUAGUGCCCUGCGGGGCCCUCAUACGGCCACAGCAACGCUCAAAAGCAGCAAAAAAGAUCGCUUCAGAGUCCAAGCCAUCACAUGUUUCCUUGCUGCAGCGAGUCUCCUCCCACCUGGAGCUGUCGCUGCUCUUCGAGAGGCCGUACAUCACCUACACGUUAGCCAUCACGCUUCUGAACGUCGGCUACUUCGUGCCUUACUUUCACCUCGUUGCCCACAGCCGUCAGGCCGGCUUCUCCGAGUACCAGGCGGCGUUCAUCAUGUCAGCUGCCGGCGCCACAGACAUCCUGGGCCGCGUUGUGUCCGGCUGGUUCUCGGACCUCGGCCACUUCCGGCUCAUUCAUUUACUGAGCGCGUGGACGACACUGGCCGGCGUUUUCAUCAUGCUGCUUCCUGUGAGCUCCCUGUCCGGGUCUUACUCUGCUCUCAUGUUGAUCAGCCUCCUCUACGGCUUCUGCUCCGGGGCGCUGACCUCGCUGGUGUUCGCCGUGGUGCCCAUGAUUGUGGGCGUGGAGCGUGUGAUGGGGGGUCUCGGGCUGCUGCAGCUCAUCGAGAGUGGGGCCGGACUGCUUGGGGCUCCUCUGUCAGGGUUUCUGAAGGACGUCACAGGUAACUACAUCGCUUCCUUCAUUAUGGCGGGUAGUUUCCCCAUCCUCGGCACUCUGACCAUGGCCACUCUGCCUCACUACUUCUCCUGCAAAGAUCCACCCGCUCCUCAAAGAGAAUCGCCUGACGACAAAGAGAAGAGUUCACACCCGGAGUUGGAGCAGAUGAACAGUUUGCCUUCGGACACGAGUCACUGAGGAGACCUGUCAGGUGGAUAAAAUGAGACUCGUAUGAGCUGCAGGACUGAGGGUUGGAAGGAUCAAGUUUUUUUUAGACUGAAGAAACCAUCAGUUUAUAUGCUGCUGCACGUGUGUGUGCAUUCAUACCUCACUGACCCAGAGCACAAAGAAAGACGCCUGCUGUGGAAACACAACCAGCAGAAAGGGGCCACUCUUUGUUACACAUGGAAACCUCAGUUUAAGUCUGUAUCUGCCUGAGAGUAAAACAUGUGAUUACUUUGAUUUCAGAGUAAACAUGAAUGAAGUCUGGUGGCUGAACAUGCACAGUAUUAUAGCAUCUUCACAUUCUAAACAAUGAUUUAUUAAGCCCGGACUCAAAGCUUUAAAUGUCCUUCAGUGCAUUAUGUUUCUAAGCAGGAAUACAAGACUCCAUUCUCUGACUGAAGAAUCUUCGCUUUUAGAAGCACUUUGUACUUUUGUAUUUGACAAACCGUAGUCUGUUGUAAUCAGAGAUGUUGAACUGACUGAACACCCGGGUCACUGUGACCUGCCGCUAUACCUGCCAGGCUGAGUUGAUUCAGGCAGGUCAGUGCAACAGAAAAGACGUGUGACCUUCUUGUAACUUUAUUGCUCUGUCAGGCAGUGAACAGUAGAGCUCCAAUAAAAACCAGCUUUUCAUUUUU